UCAAUUGUUUUUAUUACAGCCGCACUGAGAAAGUAAUCACUCUUUAUCAACUCGUCAGUUUGUUUGUGAUGAUAACAACUUGCUUCAUAUUGUUGCUAUUCAUUUGUUCUUCACAACAACCUCGUAUAUCUGUGCUGGUACAUUUAUCAAAAGUUAUCUUGUAUUGUGUUGUGGAGAGGUUGUGUAAUAAAUAAGUACUUAAAAUGGCGCUGUCCAAAGAAAUAUUCAUAGUUGCCGCGAAAAGGACGCCAUUUUGCCAAUAUGGCGGCGCGUUGCGAGAGUUGCCAGCCGCGCUCGCCUUCGCUGCGGCGGCAAAGGAAGCCAUGCAAACUGCCAGAAUCGACCCCAGCAUUGUCGAUGCUACUAUUGUCGGGAAUGUUAACUUCCUAAGCCAAUGCGACGGCGGCAAGACGGCUCGUCACUGCGGCCUCUACUCGGGGGUCCCCGUGGAGCGCCCCGCGCUCGGCGUCAACCUGGCGUGCGGGGCCGGCCUGCAGGCUGUUAUUAGUGGGUGCAUUGAGCUCCUAACAACCCCAGCCAGCGUAAUCCUCACCGGCGGCACAGAGAUCAUGUCAUCACUCCCCCUCCUCGUCCGCAACGCAAGAUUCGGCACCACUCUCGGCGCACCCUACCAGUUAGAAGAGUACAUCAGUAAACAACACAGGGACAGCUACAGUGGACUAACCCUGCAGGAGAGUGCGGAGAUGCUGGCCAAGGAACACCAGGUCACCAGGAAGGAGGUUGAUGAGUUCGCGCUGCAAUCGCAUUUGAGGUGGAAUGCUGCUCACGAAGCAGGUAUACUAAAAGAGCAGAUAGCUCCAGUGACAGUCACCAUCAAGAACAAACAAUUGAAUGUAGACGCCGACGAUGUGAGAGACGUCACUGAAGAGAGUUUGAGUGAACUGACGCCGUCGGUAGAAGACGGGACUGUGGUCACUGAGGGUAAUAGUUCUCGGCCAGCAGACGGCGCAGCAGCCAUCAUCCUUGCCGACGCCAGCGCCAUCUCUCGAUACAACCUCACACCGCUAGCGCGCGUGGUUGCGUGGAGCCGCCGCGGGGUGGCGCCGGCGCGCGCGGGGGGCGCUGCGCAGGAGUGCGCCAGGGAGUUGUUGAGUGGGAGGGAUGUGGAUCUUAUUGAGAUAAACGAAACGUUCGCAGCGCAAGCCCUCAUAACCGCUAGAGAGCUGCGUGUGGACCGCGGCCGAGUGAACGUGAACGGCGGCGCGCUGGCCGUGGGACACCCCGCGGCGGCUACUGGCGCCGCCAUGGCUGUCAAUCUGGUGUAUGAACUCAGGAGACGCAAUCUGAAGACUGCAGUAGCUACAUCCAGCUGCGGAGGUGGCCAGGGUGUCGCCAUCAUGUUGGAAGGACUAUAACUAAGAACCAUUGAAAUAUCGCAAUACCGACAGUUAAAAUUAUAUUGUAAAAAAUACCAACUUAUACAUGAUAAAUGCAUUAAAGAUAAAUCAAGUUAUGUUUAAAUAAACAUCUAAAACUUAAA